AUGAUAGAAAGUAAUUUAAGAUUAAAAGUUAUAACAUCUAUAAUUUGGGAUAUCAAUGAAAGUUUAAUCUUAUUCACUUUUGACGUUCAUAGAGAUGUCUAAGGAAGUAGGAUUUCGAAAGAGACUUUGGCUGCAUAAAAAAAUUAGAAUUUAAAAUACUUUGUAACAAUUGAAUUCUCCAAAGAUGGGUAAUAUUUAAUUGGAGGGGGAAAUAGUAAAUUUAUAUGCCUUUAAGAUAUGAAAUACAGAAUACUGAUUAGAAGAUUUGUUGUUUCAAAUAAUCUAUCUUUAGAUGGAAUGAAAUUAAAGAUUAAUUUUUAAAAUAUUGAUUAAGAAAAUCGAAAUAUCGAAGAAUCUAAUGAUGAAAACUAGAGAGAAAAUUUGCCUGGAGCAAAAAUUUUUGAUGUUUUUAAAAGAAGUACAAAAAGAGUACCUGUAUAAGUCUUUAAUAUACAAUUCACAGAAUCGAAUAGAGAAUUUAUAGUUUCCUCAGCUGAAGGGGUUUCAAUCUUUGGAUCAAUCAAAAGAAGAUAAUAUUUUGAUCCUUAAGAAGUCGAUGAAACUGUAUCUUUUGAGGAAAUUUAAAAAUAAAUUAAUGAAUAAAACUACAUCGAGGCUUUGAUACUAAGCCUUAAGUUGGAUAUAGCCACCAUUUUAGACUAAGUCUUUGUCUCAAUUCCAUUAGAUUCUAUUAUUAGUAUUGUACCAGCUAUACCAGAAUCAUUAAUUGUUAGACUAUUAGAAACCAUAAUCAAAUCUAUAUAAAAAAAUAGAUAAGUUGAAUCAUGCUUGGUUUGGAUUAAAUAAAUUUUGAUAGAAUUUGCACCUUUGAUUAAAGGAUCCACAGCAAAUAAAAAAGUAUUUACUAAUAUUAAUUUAUAGGUUUAAAAUAUUCUUUAAGAAGUCUUAAAAUAAAUUAGACAUGAUUUUAAUAGAAUAAAAAAUCCGAUUAGAAAGAGUAUAAAUAUUUUGGAAUAUAUAUCAAGUUGA